AUGAUGAUACUUGAAGAAGGAAACACUGGACAUCGUAUGGUGAUUAUUCCACAAGGCAAAGUUCAGUGCCAAGAGGCCAACCCGGGCUCACCCAUCCAACAUGUGACGGUCGAAAUCGAUGUGCAACAGUCUCGCGAAACCUAUGCAUAUGAUCUGGACGCAAACCUCGGACAACUGGUCGGGAGGUCUCUUCAGAGCAGGCUAGUACUUGCCUACCUGCAUGCAUUGACUUCUUAUUGCCUCCCAGACCCGCUCACGGGAUACACAGGCACUGAGCAAGCGCUGAACAUUCUCCGAUCGGCUCAGGUUCUUUCCCUCCAGACUCUGUCCGCAGAAAAUCACCAUGUGCUGUUGGAGAUUGCGGAAUUGAAAGGACACCGAAAACUGUCGCCUCCGCGGAUGGGAAAGUUGCAGAUUGUUUCCUGGGUGGAUGGUCUUGGCGCUUUGUCGCAUCGUUACGACUUUCACGUCGCCGUCAAAGACAUCUUCAAGCAGUCUACCAAGUACAGACUCUUUCAUGCCGAUCGAUACAUCGAGCCCCCCAGUUUUGAAGAAAACGAGGCCGUGGAAUUAGGGGAGAGAAAUGCGACAAGGACAGCCAUGUUUCACAGCCCCGGGUUCGGUGGUGAGGCACAUUCUACGGCGGGUGAUGAACCCUACGUCCGCUUAAAUGAUGAAUACCUUGAGCUUAUCGACCAUCGGGGCGGAGAUGGAGAGAGUGAUGAGCCUGGCGACAGCGAGGAGGACGAGAAUGUCGGCUCUUCAGGUACGCAAACUGCAGGUCCGUUUUCAGAUCGCUUCAAGAGAGCCUACAAAACAUGCAUCACUAUGGUGGCGGGACUUCAGGGAACCAAGGUCAACUUCUUCAAAAAAUCGAAAUUGCGAACGUUUAAAUCCAGGAUGCUAAAAGUUCUGGGAAGUCAUCACAAUAUACCGACCGCCGGCCCGUUAAAAAAGGACACAAAUUUCGACUUCAAUUACGACACAAACUGGUUGGAUGACCCUGCAAUAUUUUUACCCAACACUUGGUUUCGAAUAUUGCACUCCUUGCAACACAGGCCAAGCCGAUCCAACGAAUACCGAGCUAGAUUCUUCCUGGCUACUCUGUCGUUCUCACCACAUUCGUGCAUGGAGGCCAUCCAGAUCCUGGCAUCAGCCAUGUGCGGUCAGCUGAAGACGCUGCAGGCACCUCAGGUGGAGGCUUUCAGUUUGAACAAAGGCUGUCAGCCAAAAAGGAAAGACCUGGAGAGGAUACUGCAAAAAUACAUUAUCCCUUUUCCGAAAAGCUCGCAUUCUAGGAGUCCUGUUCGACGGGGUGAGUCGCAAAAUGCGUGCAAAUCGCGGCGAAAGCGAGAGUACGAGGAGGCGAAGAAAUACUGCUUGGAGACGUUGCCAACUGUAUUCAUUGCUGAUUGGAAAUCCAAGGGCGCUCACUGGCCUACCAGUCACGAUCGCUUCAUCAAUCUCUUCAACACCAGUCAAAUGCUACUGGACAUUGAAUUGCAUUUCCGCGACGUGAGCAAUAAUGAACAACUUUCGAAUUACUUCGGAACAUGGCACAGAGAGUUGUUCAAUAUUGAAGGAAAACAGGUAGACUAUCCCAUUGACGUUCAUCCCAGAGCGCCUUGCAAAGCAAGCGUCCACUUGCCUGCGAUAGAUGGGAAGCUGUUGUUCAACAGCACAACCCCUCCGAUUUUCAAGGAAGAACUGCAAAGUCUCUCUCAUCGGACGGUCCCAGUACAAGGGAAAACGAGCCCUCAGGCUUCAAUAUUAGUCGAGCUUCUGAGAUCGAAAGCGUGCUCCUCGGAACAGAUGUCAUAUGUCAAGGAAUUGCAACAAAGCUUGGACUCUCUACAGGGUGCAACUUUGGGACACGUGAUGAAGGAACGUGGAGCAAAACUUCGAAUGCUCCUAAGCUCUUGUUUACGCGAUGCGAAAAUCGACGGCGACAACUUAUUUGAGAGAAUGAAGGAAGCCCUGGGUUGUGUACCUAAGGACCAUGGAAGCCAACUCGCCAACUUGAAGGCCUUGGCAUUUGUUCAACAAAUGCCCCCCAUAGGAAAGCGUUUUCUGCUACAACAGCUGAGUCAUCUCGGCGCAUGUUCCAACAAUUGGCAGGCCUGUCUUCUUGUGUUUGCUGAAAAUCUGUCGCGAGUGCGGCUUUGGGAAAGGCUGAACUUGUUUGAAAUGGAGUCGAACAAGCUGGACCUUGACAAGGAAGCUGUCAGUUUGCAACCUCGAAAUUGGGACCCCCAUCUCUAUCCAGAAUGGUUGUUGUUUGAAGUUGAGAAUAACAUACGGGUGCGAAACGCCCAAGCUCAGAUGGCUGAGGCGAUGAUGUUUCCUCUACAGGACAGAAAUUCGGUCAUGCAGCUGAAUAUGGGUGAAGGCAAAUCAUCCGUCAUUGUGCCCAUUAUAGCAACGUCUUUGGCAGAUGGGAAACGGCUAGUACGCGUCAUUGUCGCAAAACCACAAUCAAAGCAAAUGGAAGAGAUUAUGAAGACCAAACUAGGAAACGCAUUGGGUCGCAGAAUAUACUUCAUGCCAUUUUCAAGGGCAGUUCCUGUUGAUGAGCAGGCAGCCAAGGAACUCCACAGCAUGCUUGAGGAAUGCAUAGCCAAGAAGGGCGUCUUGAUCAUUCAGCCGGAGCAUGAUUUAUCCCUCCAGCUUAUGAUAUGCGACUGCUUCAACAGUGGCCGGUUAGCUACAGGUAACGCUCUGUGCGCGAUUAAACGUCUCUUUGACAACUGCAGCCGAGACAUCAUCGACGAGAGUGAUGAAGUUUUUUCCCCCAAGUACGAGCUUGUGUAUCCCCUAGGGAUAUCACAACCAGUCGACUUCUCCACGGAACGAUGCAGCUUUAUCCAAAGCAUGCUCGCGAUUGUGGCCAAAGUUGCUCCUGAAGUCAAGGAAGAGGCCCCCAAUGGCAUCGAAGUGUCUUGGAUUGGAAAAGGGCGAUUCCCGAGAAUCCGAUUAUUCACAAGUGAGGCAUCAGAUUGCCUUGUGAAGAAGGUCGGAGAAGAAAUCUGCCGAUCCGGAUUUGCUGAACUUCCUAUUCAUCGAGUACCGGAGCAAUUGAAGUCUGACCUUUUGAGCUAUAUGACAAUGAUGGCGCCAACCGCAGAGACCUGCCGGGAGAUUGAAAACGGAAUGGCGAAAUGGAACUCAACAAUGAGGAAAGCAUUCUAUCUCGCGCGGGGAUUAUUGGCCUGUGAGGUUUUGUCGACAGCGUUGCGACACCGAUGGCGUGUGAACUACGGUGUAGACAAGAAUCGGAACCCAAAACUUGAUAUUGCAGUUCCAUUCCGGGCAAAGGACGCACCGAGCUUGAGAUCCGAGUACAGUUAUGCCGAUACUGUCAUCACAAAGACUUGCUUGUCUUACUACUACCAGGGGCUCGAGUAUGAGGACUUCUUCCUUGCCUUGGUUGAACUAUUCAAGUCUGAACAAUCCGAGCCCGAGUACGAAGCAUGGGUUCGUAGCACUGAAGGACUUCAUGCCGAUUUCCGCCAUAUCCAAGGUGUUAAUGUCAACGAUGAGGACCAAUGCAAGACUAUGCUUUUCCCCCAUUUGAGAUACUCAAAAGCUUGCAUAGAUUAUUUCUUGCUGCGUAUUGUCUUUGCCAAACAGCUGAGGGAAUAUUCGGAGAAGGUUUCGGCGUCUGGAUGGGACUUGGCGCGCCCCAAGACGUUUCCGACAACCGGGUUUAGCGGCACGCAUGAUUCACGACCCCUGUUACCGUUGCAUAUAACGCAGCGUGACUCGGACGCUCAACAUCAUACUGAUAGCCUGGUCUUGAACCAAAUGAUGUCUCCGCAGAACUCGGUCAUACUGCUCGGUGAAGUGAAAGGGAGCAAUUCUGAAGAGUUUUUAAAAAGAAUCACCGAAGAACGAGAUGAGAUUCGGGUAAUCCUAGAUGUCGGUGCACAUGUCAUCGAAUUGACGAACCAAGAGGUUGCAGGAAGAUGGCUGGAAUUACUACCUUGCCGCAAUGCUAUCGAUGCCGUCAUAUUCUGUAAUGACAAUGAUGAACUGACUGUUCUGGAUAGACAAGGGAAAUCACAAUGUCUCAGGCUUUCACCAUUUGCCAAACAGCUGAACAAAUGUCUCGUCUACCUCGACGAGGCUCAUACGAGAGGAAUCGACCUGAAACUUCCUCCAACGUAUAGGGCUGCAGUGACUCUCGGUAAAGACCUGACAAAGGAUCGCCUAGCACAAGCCUGUAUGAGAAUGAGAGAUCUCGGAAACGGACAGUCGGUGGCUUUUUGUGUUCCAUUCGAGAUUGAAAAUCAGAUCAGGGCGCAGCUGGAGCUGGACGGAAACGAUCAGAUUACACUUCGUGACGCAAUUGCAUGGACAGUCCUUCAGACGUGGGCAGAGAUGCGUCGUCUGAUACCAAACUGGGCGAAACAAGGCUUCCGUUUCGAAAAGCAAGCCCAGCUGUGGAAUCAAGCAAAAAGCAACGACUCGGGAACAAUUCGGAUGACGCCGGAAAUCGUGUCAAAGUUCAAGGAGUGCGACACGCGGACCAUAGAAUCCCAGUACCAAUUUCCUCCACCUUCAGGCCCUUUGCUCGAAAAAGAAGCGAGCAGCGAAAAUUUGGGCAAAAUAAAAAAGCGCUGCGAGGCAUAUGAUUUCCACGGCCAUGAUGGGCAUGGACUACAGGAAGAGCAGGAGAGGGAAAUGGCAACAGAAGUAGAGGAGCAGCGCGAGCUGGAGCGACCCAAGCCAGCGGAGCCUGCGAAACACCAGAGUAACCUAGACGUCGUGCGUUUCAUCAGGACAGGGAAGAUCUCCUCGGACAGCAAAGGGAUAAUCGGCGCUUUCAAAAGCAUGACGGACACGACUGCGGCAACCCUGCUCAACGUCAACCUGUUUCCACAGCACGUCAAAGUGAGCAGAGAUUUUGCCCGAGUUAUUAAAACGACUCGAAACGCCAAGAAUCUGAAAUCGGACUAUUUCAAAAAUGACGUGCAGUUCAUUCUCACCUCUGCCGACGAGGACAAGAUUGUUCAGGAGAUGGUCAUCAUCAGCCCUUAUGAGGCCGAGAUCCUGUACAAUGAAAUAUCACGAAGCGAAGUCGUCGCACUGCACAUUUACUCUGCGCGACAGAAUAGCAGCUACCCCGCGAUUGACGGACUCGAUCUUUACAUUGUCCCUCCGCGAGCGCGCCGUCGAAUCCCAACUCAUAUGAAGAUUGAGUUGAACCUCUUUGCUGGCCAGCUCUAUUUCAGCACAUUCAAGGAGUAUACCGAAGUAUGCGACUUUUUGAGCUUAUCGUGGAGUUUGAAGAGCCCCGGGGAUCUCAUAGACGGCUUCAUACCGCGCAAGGGAAGCAGCACGAAUGCACCUCACGGCGUCAAUUCGAAAACUAGCCCAGUACCGUUUCUCAAGGCGUUCAUGACUUAUGUGAGAAAUCAGGGAGGCAACAUUGGUACGACGCAUAUGGGGAAGAUGUUGAGUGGUGUAUAUUUGGGAGCAGAAGACUUCCCGUCUCGGGUAAAGCGCGAGCGGGAAGAAGAUGAUGAUUGCAAGGAGAGUCUCUUUACGAGGUAG